CAAAUUUCCACACCUUUUCUUUUUCCUUUUUCCAACAACGUAUCAAACGGCGCAAUCUUCAAAAUAUUGCUGCUACCCGAAAACCUAUCCCCUCGAAUUGCCAUUUGAUACUUGCUGCUUUUACAGCUGCGCAACAGCUGAUUUUGUUUAAAUACCCAGCGCGCCAAACCCAUCUGGGUUUGGAGUUUUCAGCUAAGGCUCGAUCCCGAAAUAAACAAUUGGGCGGAGGCGCGACGGAUAAACAAAGGCUCGCCGCCACCCGUCUGUCCGGUCAUUCUCGAAGCAAGAAAAAGAGCCCGGCCCAAAACAAAACAAGAAUACGCCGAUUCGUUGGAUGAGCAUCAAAUUAUACCAAGAAUAAAAGCAACAAUAAAGGCGCACGGAAAAACCAACAAAUUCCAAUUCUUCUACCCAUCGCCCCUCGCUCCUCCUGUCUCCUCCUCCUCCCUUCAUGACAGCCGCCACCACAGAAACAACAAAAUGCAAAAGAUGGCUGAACCGCCGCAGCCCCAACAACAUCCAAACCUCCCUUCUUUUGCGGCGCGGGCUGCCAUAGCCCGCUCGCGCUUCCAAGAGGGAUCCAUGAACGACCGUGUGUCCGCCGUGCCGCCUGCAGACUUUCUGGGGAGUGCACAGGGUGAAGAAAUUAUCGAGGUCGGCCGCCUGGCCUACACGACCACGGCGAGUUCUGAUACCACGUUCAAUGCCAGUCGUGACAAUGACAAGAGCAAGAUGAACCGCCGGUCGGUGCAGUCCAACGUCUCGGGCGGUUCUUCGUCGUCCAAGAAGUCAAGUUUCUUCGGGCCGCUCUUGGACGGCCUCAAGGAGAAGCUGGGCAUUGGGCGCAGCAAGUCAUCCCACAACUUUGGCAAGGACAGCAGGAGCGGCAGCAGCAGCAGCAGUGUUGGCAGCAAUGAUGGUGUGCAUGCGCCUCCCCCUCUGCCGCAGCAGCCUUUCUCGUCGGCGCACAUCAUCUCCAACUCGGCACCCAACACUCCUACAUUCCCCAACUUUGACGCAGCCGCGGCCGCCACGGCAGGCGGUGCGAGGCCGACCAGGGAAGAGAUCAUGGCUAGUUACCAGAAUCUCAUGAAGUCAGGCUUCUUUGAUGCGCACGUCAUCCAGUCUUCGCGCCACGCGCCUCCAGGGUCACGACCUGGUACGUUGCCAUCGCAGAUGUCGCAGGCUCGCCCGUCUACCAGCCAUGGUCGACACCAGUCUGACCAAUUCCAAUUCCCCAACCGGGAUCGGGAGGUUGAGCAACAAGCGUAUACGCAGCAGCCAGAGUCACCAUACCGCGGCACAAAGCGUAGCCGCGCUGAUGGUGACGAGGCAGGACAUGGUGGCUCCACGGCGGGUCACAGACUGAUCAAAAAGCUGCGAAAGUCGACGAGCCGCCUCGCGGAUAGGAAGCCCUUUGGCGGUCAACCUCUGUCUUCGCCGACCGAGGAGACCUUUACUGGCUUGGGCAUUAUGAACCAGCAGCCCCAGCAGCAGCAGCAGCAACAGCAACAACAACAACCUGGCAACGACCAUGACGGUGCUCUUAGUGGGAUGAAGAAGCUCACAAAGUCGCUAUCGCGGAAGAAUUUAACCGGAAGCCUGCGCGGCAGGGACAAGGGCCUUGUGUCUAAUGAACAAACACUUCCGGAUAUCGCCGCCGGGUGGACCGGAAGGCAGGAUCAUCGACACGAGUCUGAUCUCCCUCGACAGCGUGAUGGCGAGAUCAUGAAUGACUCUCAAUACCGAGAGCGUCGCGCCGAGCGCAGGCAGCACCAGCACCAGACGCCGCUUAGCUCGCCGAUCCGGUCACCCCCGCAGCUCCCCAGCCCUCGCAACAGCUUCGAGAGGAGCCCGUCGCGCGAUGAGUACCAGCACCACCACACGCUCAGCUCUCCAACCAAACUACAGCGCAGAAUGCCUCUGAAGACUGGUGGCAGCGGUGGCGCCAGGCAGGCACCAGGCCAGUCUCCAUACCGGAGCAGCAUGCCGCCGUCAACGCACGCCAACUCUACAUCCUCCCGACACAACAUGAUGCUCUCGUCUGUGACGGCACCAACGGUGGUCCCAGUGCCGCCUCCGAGCUUCCACUACCCGCAGCGUAGGAGACCGCAGCCACUCUCAUCUGAGCCGCUCCGUGUGUCGCCCAGCGGUGGUAGGGGCAACAGGCGCGCCACAGCCGUCGCGAUGGGAGUGAAGCACUAUGCCAGCAUGGAUGUCGUCAUGGUUGAUGUUGGCGACUGCGAGAACAAGAUGCGUUACUGACCCUCUGUGCCGCGAUCAUCGGCGCCGCUGCCGCUCUUGGGCCGCAUCAUACACUACCUUUCAGCGCGGUCAUUGUAUAAAAACUAUCGGUUGUUGCCUUGCCGGUCUGCGUCACCCUGUUUCCUGGGAGCAGAUGACUGGCUGGCAACCAACAUUGUAUAAAAAGCACACGGUUUAUGUUGUCCUUCAUCGUUGGGAUCAUUCCAGUCCCUGGGAAUGUGAACGAUGAUUGACCGGGGUUAUCAUUUAUUUGGCUUGGGAUCUUGGUCUGCUUCCCUGCUUUCUCUCUUUCUCAUUUCUGUUCUCGUCUUUUUGCGUCCUAGUACAUAUUGGUUUCAUGGACGAUGGACGAGUGACAACUGGCUCGUUGAGACAGUGGUGAGAAAGACAUCGAAAGCUGGUGGGGAGUACGAAGACGACUUUUUUCUUUUGGCGGCGGUUUGUUGAUUUUCUGCCCGCCUUUUCACGACUCUUGCUUGUCUUUUUGUCAUGAUGACAUUACGAGAACAUGCCCAUGAACAAAGAACGCAUCGCCUUCAUGAAUAUAUGUAUCUCUGUUUCCCAUUUACGGGACAGGGAUUGGAAGAAGACAACUUUGGCUUGGUCUUUUUGUAUUCUGCUUUUUUUUUCUUUUUUUGCCUAGAUCUCAGAUGGGUUAUUUGGGUCAUAGAGUCGAGUUACAAAAAUAAUCUUGCAUGCUUACAACGCAUCCCCUGAUACGUUCACUGAUUUACUGUCAAGAAACAUUGAGCUGG